AGUGAAAGCAAGAGAGUGCAUUUUGCCGAGACAGCAGCAUGAGCCAACUUGCCGAGGAUGACGACGUCGUGGUCGUUGGCGCCCGUCCUGCACCGCCGUCCGACGAUGACGACAUCCUUGUCACAGAUGCCGCUGGCAACCCGAUCGUGAUCAUGCGGCCGAUCGUAGCCUCGAGCGGUCGGCGAAAUCGUGGGCGACGACGGCCGCCUCCACCGCCCGCCGUGGCCAACGCCGACGUGAUUGAGCUCCUCUCCGACAAUGAAGACGCCAACCCGCGCAUUGUACUCGAUCCACAAGCACAAGCUCGCGCCAACGCGUUAGAGGAGAACCGGAAGCGCGAGCGCAUCGUCGAGACCGCCAAGGCCAAGAUGCGAUGUCCCUUAUGUCUCGACCCGUACGAGGAAAUGGCAUCGACGACCUGCGGGCACGUCUACUGCAAAGAGUGCAUCACAUUGGUCGUCGCCAAGAUCCACAAGUGUCCUCUCUGCCAACGCAAGCUCGCCACACGAGACAUCCAUGCCAUCUUUGUCUAACGGCACGCGAAAUAGCAUGCGCAUCGCGUUUGUCACAAUACCUCUAGCGUCUCGUGCAUCCUAUUUACGCUUGAAGACGCCUCUACAUCGC